AUGCCUCGACAUUCAAACUUUUACACAGACGAAGACCUUGAUGAUGAUUAUCAUGACGAACACCAUGGUGAACAUGAUGACCAUGAUGAAGACGAUCCAGUUCUCAGACUUCAAGACUUUAUACUACACGGAAUUGACCAGGAAUCUUCUAAAUUUAUUCUUUCUGUUUUUCCUAGUAUUAAAACAGAAGUGGGAGAAGAUUUUCUUGAGGAUGUGCUCCAUCGCAAUGAUGGAGACGAAGAAGCUAGCGUCAACGAAAUUUAUGAAUUGGCUCAAAAAGAACAUGAAAGAAAGAAACAACAAGCAAGUAAUAUAGUAAUUAAAUCCAAAUCAGGUGACAACAAGGCAAACAAAAACAAGCAAAAAACAACACAACAACAAGCAUCAUCUCAGCAACAGCCACAACAAAAUAAGAACCAAAAAACACAAUCAACAGGGAAAAACAAGAAAAAAGAUAAGGAUACUAAGAGUAAUAUUAUUUAUGUGACAGAAUUGGAUCAUUCAACAGAAAUUUCGGGAACGCCAACACCAACUACAGAAGUUUCUGAUGCUAUCUUUUCCACACCUUCCGAAAAGCAGCAAGUAGUGAUGUCUGCUGGACGUGGAAGAGGAGGUUUGCUUCUCUCCGGGACAUCAUCCACAGCACAACCCCAAACCGUUGCAGUGGGGAGAGGCGCUUCAUUACUUUCCACUCCGUCUUUACAAACUUCAUCUUCUGCCCCAACCAUAGUUUCUAGUUCGAAUACUCCAACAACAACCACGACAUCAGUGGGAGGAAGAGGCUCUGGAUUUAUCAAUUCAACGUCAUCAACAACCACCACAACUGCUACUACGAAGACAAUAGCAGGUGGUCGUGGUACGAGUCUCCUCUCAAAACCAUCUCAGCCUGUAAUAACAACAGCAGUAACACCCACACCGCACACAACAGCUUCAUCCGAUUCGAGCAGUGGUAGCAGCAAGCCAAUCCCAGCAAGCAGUGUUGGGAGAGGAUCAAGUUUCUCUUCCACAUCUGAGAAAACUACCUCUGUAAAACCCAUUCCUUCUCAAACUCACUACUAUUCCUCGUCUUCGGAGGACGAAAGAGAUGAUGAAGAGCUCUCCUCUGAUGAAGAAUAUUUACGGUCUGUUUCUUCCAAGACGAAAGCUCGUACUACAAAGAAGAAAACUCUCGACAACCAAGAUGAAGAUUUGAGUGAAGAUGAGAAAAUAGUUUCCUCAAAAUUAUCAAAGCCACCUCUUCUCUCUCGAGAAAAUCAACAACAAUCACAGCACCAAGAAUCCACAAUAGCAGCUUCCACAUUUGCUCAGUGUCUUACCACCUCCCUUGCCAACGAAUCUUUUGCAAAAACCUUUUUCGCCAACUCUCCCGAACGCCUGUCUCCCUAUUAUGAAGUUCUUAAAUUAUUACACAACAAAUCCAAACAACAACCAAACAUUCCCGAAAUUUUUUCAUUUAAUACUCCAUCUCCAGAUGAUCUUGUUCAAUCUGCUAGGUCACAACAUAAGACAAGUCAUCAACCUCUUGAAAAUUUCCAACCUAUUCAAAAGAAGCAAACACCGACUAAAUCAAAAGGAGAUACCUCAGAAAAAAAGAAAGAACCAGCAUCUCCAGUUCCAAAACACACCACAGGAAAACAAAUUAAGCCACCUCAAGACUCUGAAAAGAAACGAAUUAACGUAGUAAUUAUUGGCCACGUUGACGCCGGAAAAAGUACCUUAAUGGGACAUAUUUUAACAAAGAUGGGUUAUAUCCCAGAGAAAACGCUUCACAAAUUUAAGAAAGAGUCGGUGGAAAUUGGAAAAUCGUCAUUCCACUUUGCUUGGGUCAUGGAUGAACAUGAGGAAGAGCGAAAACGUGGUGUGACAAUGGAUGUUGGUGUAAAGUAUUUUGAAACUGAACAUCGGCAUGUCACCAUUUUGGAUGCACCUGGACAUAAGGAUUUUAUUUCAAAAAUGAUUACAGGAGCAGCCCAGGCAGACUUUGCAAUUUUAGUUGUCGAUGCUACACCAAAUGGGUUUGAAACGGGAUUCACAAACGGAGGGCAGACCAAAGAACAUUUAAUUCUCGCCAGAAGUUUGGGAGUGGAACAAGUGAUAGUAGUAGUCAACAAGUUAGAUACAGUUGCAUGGUCUAAGGAUAGAUUUGAUUUCAUUGUAAGCCAGUUAAAUGAUUUCAUGAAGCAAAUAGGAUAUCAAACCCAAGACAGUAAUCAUGUUUUUUAUAUUCCAGCAAGUGCUUUUCAAGGAGAUAAUCUUAUUGAAAAGUCUUUGCAAGUACCAUGGUAUGAUGGUCCAACAAUUGUUGAACAAAUAGACAAACUCGAACCAAAACCUAGAGACACCGAAAAAGCUCUCAGACUGUCCGUUUCUGAUGUCUAUAAAUCCUUGGCCACUGGAGUUACCAUAGCUGGUAAAAUUGAAACCGGUACACUCUCUGAAGGUGAUGAGGUUAUUGUAAUGCCUAUUAAGGAGGUGUGUACAGUCAAAACCCUUCUCAGAAACAAGCAACAAGUGAAAUAUGCGUAUGCCGGAGAUAAUGUUGAAAUUGGGUUAGGUAAUAUAGAUAUUGACAAGUUGAUGGUUGGCCAAAUUAUUUGCCCUGUUGGAAAUGAAAUUAAGGUUACAAAUAGAUUUAGAGCUCGAAUAGUCACAUUCGACAUGAAAAUACCAAUCCUGAAGGGCUCUCAUGUUGUUCUGCAUUUGCACAAUAUUGACGUCCCUGCUGUUAUUACCACACUUGAAUGUAUCCUCAACAGGCAGCAAGAGAUUGUGGAAAAGAAGCCAAGAUGUAUUCUUAAAAAUUCAAAUGCCAUUGUGGAAAUCACAACAGAGACUCCAAUCUCGAUAGAGCAAUAUUCGGAUUUCCCAAAGUUUGGACGACUGACCAUCAGAUUAAGCGGAGAAACUGUUGCGGCCGGUGUUGUAGAGGAAGUGAAGAAAUCAAAGAAGAAGAAAGAAGGAGCUUUAUAA